CAUAGUCUAGGAUGCUUGCUCAUUAAGAAGGCCAUGAUAGGAUCGAGAUAUCUGCGGUAAGAGAUCUCUGGACAAUGAUGGUUACUCUACCGCACAUCUGGCCGUUGACAUCCAAAGCAGCGAGAGACAUCGCCUGCCUAUCUGCUUACUUAUAUUCCUGUCGGCGCCACACAGAGGCAUGAAUAACGAGGCACUCCAAACUAUGAUUGAGAGCAGAAGCGAAUUGCCGGAACAGCUCCUCAACGAACUGGGUCCGCGCUCUCCGACGAUAAGGGAAAUGCAUGACCGAUUUCGGAAAGUGUCAAAUGACAUUCAAAUCCUCAGCGUUUACGAAACAUUAGAAACGCCAACGGUUAUCUACGAUGCAAGUGCCUUCGAACCGGACACUACCUUCGCAUGCUAAUUCAACACUCCAUCGCCACAGGAUAUUCAGC